AUGCAGAAUGUCGGACAGUCUGAAAACCGAAAUAUCGAUAAGGUGAAUGUGCAACUUGAUGUGGUAAAAUCGUCCACUCCUCAGAGUUCGGCUUCGAGUCCGGCCAAAUCUGAAACCGAAACGUAUUCUGGAGCGCCUGCCAAAUACAUGACGGAUUCUUCGGAAAGCGAGGAUGAUUCUGUAUCUGAGCAGGAGAUGGAAGAGGAAGGCAGUGCUGCAGAGUCAUCUAAGUUCCUACUCACCCAUGAUGACCCAGAACGCGCAGUUGAUCCAGAGAUGCAAGCGCGACUCGAAACACUGCUAGAGGUUGCUGGUAUCGGCAAGCUAUCGGGCGAGGGCAAGCACCUCGCCGAUCCCGAGGUCCUUAGGCGGCUCACGUCUUCGGUGUCGUGCGCCCUGGACGAGGCGGCCGCUGCCCUGACCCGGAUGCGCAGCGACCAGCCCCCCGCCCACCACCACCGCCACCACCAAGACAAGCCCACCCAGUGCGGCAUGACGCUGAACGGGGGCGUGGUGGUGUCGGGCGUCGGCGCCGACGGUGCGCCGUCGCUGGCCGAGGCGUGCUCCGACGGCGACGUGGGCACCGUGCGCAAACUGCUCACCGAGGGCCGCUCCGUCCACGAGACCACGGAGGAGGGGGAGUCUCUGCUGUCACUAGCCUGCUCGGCGGGAUACUACGAGCUCGCCCAGGUGCUGCUCGCGAUGCACGCCAGCGUCGAGGACCGCGGCAUCAAGGGCGACUGCACGCCGCUCAUGGAGGCGGCGAGCGCGGGCCACGUGGACAUUGUGCGGCUGCUGAUCGCCCACGGCGCGGACGUGAACGCCGUGUCGGGCUCGGGCAACACGCCGCUCAUGUACGCGUGCGCCGGCGGCCACGAGGACUGCGUGCGCGCGCUGCUCGACAACGGCGCCAACGUGGAGGACCACAACGAGAACGGACACACGCCCCUCAUGGAGGCGGCGUCCGCCGGCCACGUGGGCGUCGCCAAGAUCCUGCUGGAGCACGGCGCCGGCAUCAACACGCACUCGAACGAGUUCAAGGAGUCGGCGCUGACGCUCGCCUGCUACAAGGGCCACCUGGACAUGGUGCGCUUCCUGCUGGCGGCCGGCGCUGACAGGGAGCACAAGACGGACGAGAUGCACACCGCGCUCAUGGAGGCCAGCAUGGACGGACACGUGGAGGUCGCCCGGCUGCUGCUCGACUCCGGGGCGCAGGUGAACAUGCCGACGGACAGCUUCGAGUCGCCGCUGACGCUGGCUGCGUGCGGCGGCCACGUGGAGCUCGCGAUGCUGCUGCUGGAGAGGGGCGCCAACAUCGAGGAGGUCAACGACGAGGGCUACACGCCGCUCAUGGAGGCCGCCAGGGAAGGGCACGAGGAGAUGGUGGCUCUGCUGCUCGGUCAGGGGGCGUCGAUCAACGCUCAGACGGACGAGACGCAGGAGACGGCCCUUACGCUGGCUUGCUGCGGCGGCUUCCUCGAGGUGGCCGACUUCCUCAUCAAGGCGGGCGCUGAUGCAGAGCUGGGCGCAUCCACGCCCCUCAUGGAGGCCUCGCAGGAGGGACACCUCGAGCUCGUGCGGUACCUGCUGAACGCGGGCGCGGACGUGCACGCGCAGACGCAGACGGGCGACACGGCGCUGACGUACGCGUGCGAGAACGGGCACACGGACGUGGCGGACGUGCUGCUGCGCGCCGGCGCCGAGCUCGAGCACGAGAGCGAGGGCGGGCGCACGCCGCUCAUGAAGGCGUGCCGCGCGGGCCACGUGUGCACCGUGCAGUUCCUCGUCGGCAAGGGCGCCGACGUGAACCGCAUGACGGCGAACGGCGACCACACGCCGCUGUCGCUCGCGUGCGCGGGCGGGCACGCGGACGUGGUCAAGUUCCUGCUCGCCUGCGACGCGGACCCGUUCCGCAAACUCAAGGACAACUCGACCACCCUCAUCGAGGCCGCCAAGGGGGGCCACACCGCCGUCGUGCAGCUGCUGCUCGACUAUCCGCACUCCGUCAUGUUGCCCAGAGGUAACGCAACGGCAGAGGAGAACACGGGUGGACUCAGCGCGGCGCAAGCGGCGGCUCUGGGGCUGUCGCACGCCCCCGCGCCCGGCGCCCCGUCGCAGCGCGCGCUCCUGCCCGCUCACCCCCACCCCCAUCCGCACCCGCACCCCCACCCGCUCCCGCACGCGCACCAGCACCAGGUGCCGUCCGCGGCCCCGCCCGCCCCCGCGCCCGCCCCCGCCCCCACGCCCGCGCCUGCGUCUGCGACCGCCCCCGCGCCCGCACCGAUGCCCGCGCACGCGCCCAAGCCCGAACUGCCCGCCAACUUCGCCAAAGGCUACCUAGAGAGUCGCAUGAAGCAAGGCGGCAAUGGCAACGUCAACGUCCCAGUCGGCGGCGCGGUCGCGAACAGCAGGCCGGACGCGACCUUCAUCGCGGGCAUGGUGGCGGGCAUGUACAUGAGCGGCCUGCCCGCCGCGGGCGCGCCGGAAGCGGGCGCCGUCCCCGCCCCCGCUGCCGCCCCCGCCGCAGCGCCGCUCCCCGCCCCAGCGCCCGUCCCCGCCGCCCAACCCGCACCCGCACCCGCACCCGCACCCGCACCCGCGCCCGCGCCCGCUUCCGCUCCCGCUCCCGCCACCGGCAAGCACAAGUGCCCGCGCAAACAACGCGCCGCGCCCCCCCACUCCGACCACCACCUGCCGCCGCCGCCCGAUAUUCUCGACGACCAGAUAUGCCACCACAGCAUGGCUAAGUUAACCCUCCCGCCGGGCUUUACGUGGAAGGAUGUUAACAAGAAAUAUAAAAAUAAAAACAACAUUGAAAAAAAACUCAAUCGACCCGAAAUGCUCACGGGCCCACAACGAAACGACACACUGCCAGAGACUGAGAGGAGCAGCAUAAUCGAAUUGGCCGAUUCCUCCGGUCCACCGACGUUGGCCACUUCGGCGCUGCACGCCCUGGACCUUCAGUUCUGCGCCCAAGGUGUCACGACGAUUCAUCCCCCCACCACUCCACCGUACCCGCCGCCGCAGCAGCUGUUCCCGGUGCAGCAGUUGGCCACCAAUCUCAACCAGCACCAGCUGCAAGAGUUACAGCAGCAGCAGCUGCAACAGCUCGCGGCGCAACAACAACAGCAGCAGCAACAACAGCAACAGCUUCAACAACAGCAACACCAACAGCAACAACAGUUACAGCAGCAACAAAAGAAACAACAGCAGCAGCAGCAGCAGCAGCAACAACAACAACAGCAGCAACAACAGCAGCAGCAGCAAAAACAGCAGCAGCAGCAACAACAACAGCAGCAGUUCCCCCAAGACUUACAGCUACGACCUGAAUUGUAUUUGCCUCAGCAUCUGAGCGAGGAGGUGGCCAGCUGCCCGCAGGGGCGCGAGCUGGCCGCCGUGCUGACCUACCUGCAGCGGGAGGUGCCCUCGCUGGUGGCGCUGCCCCCGCACGAGCUGCGCUCCCUGGUGCUGCAGGUGAUGCAGCAGAAGUCGCACGAGAUCCUGGCGAACAAGUGCGGCAUGGAGGCGGCCACGGAGGCGGAGGCGGCCGAGGCGGAGCGGCAGACGCGGCGCCUGCUCGCCGCCACCGAGGAGGCGCUCACCAGCGACUGGGGCGCGCGCCAGGACCACCACCACCACCAUCACCACCACCACCACGGCGACGUGCCGCAACAGGUCGGCAACGGCUGCCAGUACCGAGUGAGGCCGCCGUCGCCGAUGGGCGGGGCGGUGGGCGUGGCGGGCAGCGGCGCUCCCAGCGGGGCGGGGGGCGGGGCGGACGAGGCCGAUCCGCAGCCCGAGCCCCAGCCCCACUUCGCCCUGCCACCGCCCACCUUGCCAUAUGAGGACCACAGAUCGUUCGUGAACGCGAGCGCGGGCACGGGCGCGGCCAUGGCGGGCGCGGCGGGGGCGGGGGCGGCGGCGGCGGCGGCGGGGGGCGCGGCGGCCCCGCCCGCGCCCCAGCCGCACCCUAAGCGCGACGCAACGCUCCACCACCCCAACAACGCCGUCGCGCUCAAGAAGAAGGGCCGCGUGGGCGGAGUGCGGGGCGCGCGCGCGGAGGCGUUCGGCGCGGCGCCGCCGCAGCCCGCGCCCGCCGCCUACUCGGCCAUGGACGUGGACGGCGAGACGGACUCCAACCACGACACGGCGCUCACGCUCGCCUGCGCCGGCGGCCACGAGGAGCUCGUCGAGCUGCUGCUCUCGCGCGGCGCCAACAUCGAGCACUGCGACAAGAAGGGCUUCACGCCGCUGAUACUAGCGGCGACCGCGGGCCACGAGAAGAUCGUAGAGAUCCUGCUGAACCACGGCGCGGACAUCGAGGCGCAGUCGGAGCGCACCAAGGACACGCCGCUGUCGCUCGCCUGCAGCGGCGGCCGCUACGAGGUGGUCGAGCUGAUGCUCUCGCGCGGCGCCAACAAGGAGCACCGCAACGUCUCCGACUACACGCCCCUCUCGCUCGCGGCCUCCGGCGGCUACGUGAACAUCAUUCGGCUGCUGCUGCACCACCAGGCCGAGAUAAACUCUCGCACGGGCUCGAAGCUGGGCAUCUCGCCGCUGAUGCUGGCCGCGAUGAACGGCCACACGGCGGCCGUGCGGCUCCUGCUCGACUGCGGCUCCGACAUCAACGCGCAAAUCGAGACCAACCGCAACACGGCCCUCACCCUCGCCUGCUUCCAAGGUCGGCACGAGGUGGUGAGCCUGCUGCUCGACCGCAAGGCGAACGUGGAGCACCGCGCCAAAACGGGCCUCACGCCGCUGAUGGAGGCGGCGAGCGGCGGCUACGUGGAGGUGGGGCGGGUGCUGCUCGACAAGGGCGCCGACGUGAACGCGCCGCCGGUGCCGUCCUCGCGCGACACGGCGCUCACCAUCGCGGCGGACAAGGGCCACACCAAGUUCGUCGAGCUGCUGCUGCACAGGCGAGCGGCUGUGGAAGUGAAGAAUAAGAAAGGAAACUCACCCCUGUGGCUGGCCGCCAAUGGCGGUCACCUCACCGUAGUCGAGAUGCUAUACGCAGCCGGCGCGGACAUCGAUUCUCAGGACAAUAGAAAGGUCUCUUGCCUGAUGGCCGCAUUCCGGAAAGGCCACAAUAAAGUGGUCAAGUGGAUGGUUGGUGUCGUCACGCAAUUCCCCUCCGAUCAAGAAAUGACGAGGUUCAUCUGCACCAUCUCGGACAAGGAGAUGCUGGAGAAGUGCCAGGAGUGCGUGCGCGUGAUCCGCGCCGCGAAGGAGACGCAGGCGGCGCGCGCCAACCAGAACGCCACCAUCCUGCUCGAGGAGCUGGACGCCGAGCGCUGCCGCGAGGAGAGCCGCCGCCUCGCCGCCGCCAGGCGCCGCGAGCGCAAGAAGAAGAAGAAGAUGGAGAAGAAGGAGGAGAGGCGAAAGCUCCAAGCGGAGAACGACAAGAACUCCCUGUACUGCGAGAAGUCCCUCGGCGAGUGUUCGGAGGGCGGCGAGCCCGACGACGAGCCCGCCGCCAAGGAGGAGGGCGACUCCGGCAUCGACGCCAACUCGCAGGGCUCCUGUUCUUCAUCGGACGUGAAGGCACCUCCAGCGCAGAGUGCAAAGAGCAAGAAGAAAAAGAAAGACGACAAGAGUACCCCACCACCGGCCGCCACUCAGCCUAAGAAACAGCCUGAUAAAGUGAAAGUGAAGUUAGAAGCGAAAGCGGAGAGUGCGAGCAGUGGCAAGGCGGACAAGAAGCAGGAGAAGGAGAACGUGGCACCGAGCUCGCCGCCCGCCACGCCCGCCAAGCCGCCGCCGCAGGACCGCCGCCCCGACCGCAAGGAAAAAAAAACAGACGAGGAUAGCCCUAAGAGUAUUAUGGUACAGAGCGUUGGCAAAUUCGCCGGUAGCUCUAGAAAGAGCCAAGUGUUCGAAUCCACCAGGCACAAUGUGGAGAGAGACGACAGUGAUGCAACAGACAAAAUGAGAAAGGCUCACGCCAACCAUCAAUGGGAGACGGACGGCAAGAGCACUUCCCCCAAGGGUGGCUGCGUGGGUGGUCGCCGAGAAGAGGGCUGGAAGGAAGUCGUGCGAAAGUCCAGUGUGCAGACCCUCUCAACGGUGGAACCCGGGUGCAAGAAGGUGUCGGUGGGCGCGCACGCGAUCUCACGCGUGAUUGGCCGCGCCGGGAGCAACAUCAACGCCAUCCGCUCGGCCACCGGCGCCCACAUCGAGGUGGACAAGCAGGGCAAGGGCCAGGGCGAGCGCAUCAUCACCAUCAAGGGCUCUGCGGAGGCGACGAAGCAGGCGGCGAGCCUGAUCGCGGCCAUGAUCCGCGACCCCGAGGCGGACAUUGCGCAGCUGCUGCCGCGCGCCAAGCUGCCGCCGCCCACGCCGCAGCCCCCGCAGCCCAAGCCGCCCAAGCAGCCGCCGCCCAAGGCGGGUGUGAGCGGGAGCGGCGCCGGCGGGGGGAGCAGCAGCCGCGCCACGCCCACUUCGCGCGCGCCCACCAAGCAGCACGCGGCCGCGCGCGCUCCGCCGCCCAGGCUGCACGCGCACCCCAUCCCGGUAGCCGAGAAGCGGCCGGUGGCGUCGAGCACGCCCAGCUCCACCGCAUCCGGCGCUACGAGCGCGCCCGCUACGCCGUGCGCUACGAGCGGCGCCAACGCUACGAAGCCGGGCGCGCUCUCUUACACGGGCGCCAUCGUAGGCGCGCGCGGGCACACGUUCGCCGCCAAGGUGACGGCCGCUCCAGCGACCGCCAACGCCCCGCCCGCCGACGCCGCGAAGCCCCAACGCCCACCGGUGCAGACGGCAGCCAGCAGCCCCAGCGGCAACGCUGCCCCUGCUGGCUCCCCGCUCAAGUCCCGAGAGUCCCCUCCGGCCGGCAAGUGCGAGGAGGAGACGCGACGCCUGGAAGCUCUGCCCGUCAGCCCCGAGGCGGCCAACUGGAGCGGCGCCGAAGAGGCGCCCCCUAACACCUCCACCGCGCUGCACAUCAACACUACACCGCAGAGCGGUGGCAGCGGCACCCUGGAGUACUCGCUGUUCAAGGACCUGUCGGUGGCAGGUGGUGGCAUGUGGGGUGGCGCUGGUGACGCUCACCACAACGUCGACCCGCCGCCGCCACAGGUCGCCACUAUGUCGCUAUUGGUGGACGCGAGCAAGGCGCCCGGCUACCGCGGCGGGGCGGGCGGCUGCUCGCCGUGCUCGCGCGCUUCUUCGCACGGCUCCACGCCGCCGCCCGCCUACGCGCCGCCCGCGCCGCCCGCCUACCACGCGCCCAUGCCCAUCGGCCCGCCCGCCCACGGCACACACGCCGCCCACGCGCCGCUGCCGCAGCACCAACAGCACCAGCAACACCAGCAGCACCCGCCCUCCUCGCUUGGUAACACCGUCAAUGCGAUGGAUUUGAGUGGACUAUCCCGGAAUGGACCUAUCUACCAACAAGACAACUCCAGAAAUGGACACAACAUGAUGCCGGUGUCGAUGUCUGGCAGCGUGGGCAUGAGCGGCGCAGCGCUGGGCCUGGGCUACGUGGGCGUGGAGAGCGUGUCUCGGCUCAAUCCGCGCGCGCCGGACUUCGCGCAGCGCCACCCGCUGCUGCAGCACAAGCAUAAUGCCCAGCAGCUGUUCGCCAGCGGCAACAACGCCGGCAACCUGAGCACGUUGCUGAUGUCCUACCAACAAGCGACACCGAAGCCGAUGCCGCACGCGCAGCAACCACACCACCCAUAUCAGUCGCUGCUGGAGCGAGGCGUCGGCGUGGGGGUGGGCGUGGGCGCCGGUUCAGCGGGCCCCGGCUGGGGCGGCGACGAGGAGGAGCGCAAGCCGCGCCCCAUCGGCACCGAGCGCGCCUGGAAGCUCACCGCGGGCGAGGACUGGCCGCACGCGAUGCCCCACCACGCGCACCUGCCCGACCACGACCGCUACCAGGGCGUGAGCGGCAUGGGCGGCGUGGGCGUGGGCGUGGGCGCGCACGGGCCCGUGGGCGGCGCGCACGGCAUGGAGGGCGCGUACGGCGCCGGCGGCGGGGGCGCCACCGCGGCCGCCCUCUCGCUCAUGCACGCGCUGCCGCUGCACUACCUGCCGCCCGAGCAGCAGCACUGGGAGCAGCAGCAGCACCAGCACCACGCCGCCGACAAGCAGCAAGCCUGGAGCAAAUGGACGCAC